AUGGAAUCCGCUGGUACUGGCGCUGGGUUCAAGAGCCAGAAAUCAGAAAUCAGCGGCAACUACCAGGACGUGCUCAACAGUCAAAGAGAAAGCUUCAACAAGUUCAAUCCGAAAGUGACCAAGAGAGCCAGAACGACGCAAUCGACUCCCUUUGAGCAGAACGGAGUCUUCGACGAUCUAAUCACUUCCGAUUUUACGGUUCAGACUGCGCUAGGCUCUUGGACCUUCAAAGAUGCUGUUCACGCUACAGGUGGCCGCGCGCGCUCCCACUUCCACGGCAAGGGGCUUGAAUGGAACGCACAGGAACUCGCUGUACAUAUCGAACCAGACAACGAAGGAUCACCUCGAGACAGUUCUCAAAUUUUGAGUCCCAAGUUCACGAAUGUCAAGAAUGGCUGGAACCGCAAAUACUGCAUGAACUUGGAUCUCAGUAUCCUCAGCUCAAGCACGAAAUUAACGAUUUUCAACAACUGGUUCAAGAUCACAGAAAAAUGGCACGCAGGUGAAAAAAUCGCCGAGAUCUACUCGACCGAAGAGUGCGAAUCCGAAGACCCAACUUUUCCCUACAAAGACGAAGAGAGAAAAAUCUGCGUUCCCGGCAGCUCGAGUGGGGAGGAAUCGACAGUGGUGGAACUGGGCCCAUUCAAACCACUCGCCGUGAAUUUGGUGCUCAAAAUGGUGCUCGACGCCGAAUCGGACAUCAUCAUCAAAAGCAUUGCUUUCCGCGAUUGCAGCCCGGAACCGGACAUGUCCCAGAAGCCGACACCGAAGCCCUCGGGCUGGCUGGCCAAUGCCAAGGCAAUCAACGACCCGCGCUACGGAACGUACUGGAAACCGGAGGAGCAAAAAGAAGAAGAGGAAAUCGAAGAGGUGCAAGAGAAUGCACCAGCUUGGACGCCCCCGCCAGUCGUCAUUCUCAACGCUCCGACGCAGCCAGCAACUCCAGAAACGAUCGUCGAAGCUACAGAACAAGCAGCUACAGAACAAGCAGCUACGGAAGCGAACCCCGUCCCGGGCGAAAUCAAAUUGAAAGGCGCCAACGUUCGAAUCAGCUCGACAACAACCACGACGACGACCACAACGACUUACAAGAAAGCAGAAGCGGUGGACUUGCCCGCUGAUUGGGGCGUAAAGAAGGAAGAAGAACCAUUUGACUCGUUUGUCAAGUAUCUUGGCGCGGAAGAAGAAGAAAUUGAGGAACUCGUCGAAGAAGAGGAAGAAAUUAUCAAAAAAGUCAAUUUUAAAAAAAAACCAAAAACGCAGACGAAAGCGGAAGAAUCUUCCUCCUCCCUUGGCAUGACGAUAUCAACCCUUUUAUCAUCCCUGCUAAUGCUGCUUUUAAUCUAA